AUGGGCGCCCCUCCUUCCUCCUCCCCCUUUCUUCCCUCUUCCUUUGUGGGUCUUCUCGCCGUCUCCCUUCUCGUGCUCACCCCUCUUGCUCGCCCCGCCAGCGACGAAUCUUUCUACAAACUCUGUUCCAAUAGUAGAGGUAAUUACACAGCCAACAGCACGUACCAGGUCAAUCUCGGAGCUCUCCUCUCUUCCCUCGCCACCGGUGGGACCGAGAAUGGUGGUUUCAUCUCCAGUUCCGUCGGCGAAACUCCUCUGGACACGGUUUACGGCCUCGUCCUCUGCAGGGGCGAUGUUGGCACCAAUUCAUGCCGGCAUUGUCUGGACACAGCGACGGACGACGUGCGGGCGUUAUGCCCGUAUAGAAAGGAGGCGGUAAUAUGGUAUGAUUCCUGCCUCCUUCGGUACUCGGAUCGGUGGUCUUUUCCUCAAGUCUCGUCAAUGAUCGAUGCGGCCAUGUGGAACGUCCAAAACAUCUCCGCCGAGGAACUCCCCCUGUUCAAUGAGCAACUGGGGAAGAUGAUGACCGGGCUCGCCUCAUUUGCGGCGUACAACUCCUCUGGCCGCUUAUUCGCCACCGGAGAAGCCGAGUUCGCUGAGGACAUACCCAAGAUAUACGGGCUUGUGCAGUGCACGAGAGAUCAGGCGGUGGAGUCCUGCCAGCGGUGCCUGGCCGAGAACGUCCGCUGGAUCCGUGAGUUUUUUUACGGCAAGAGGGGAGCACGAACACUGGGAAGUUAUUGUUUUCUUAGGUACGAGGUUUACCCCUUCUACAACGACUCGGCGAUGCUCAGAAUUCCCUUGCCCAAAGCCGAGUCUCCAUCUCCUACUGCUUCACGGCCAGUGGUUAUUCCUUCGCCAUCACCGAGCUACCCAACGUCCAAAGGUGCAGCGGAAUUCUCUCUGAUCAUCCCCGUUGAAGAUUCAAUGGGUCUCCUCUGA